GUUAAGCGUGUCUCUUUGUCCUGUGGCCUGUUAUUCCACCUAAUGUUGCGGCAAUGGCCUCCUAGCGUGUGCUCUGUUAAUAAUAAUGAGGUUGUGAACAUGGGGAGCCUUUGCAUUUUUUAGUCACAUAUCUUUUGGAGAUUUACUACUCUUCUUUAAUAUAAUCGUGAUCCACCAGCAGUAGUAGCAGCAGCGUCACACGAUUAUUUUCUUCCCAUAAUGCCUCGCUCGUUGACGCUGUCUGUGGUGCUGAGGCUGCUCUCGCCGACGGCAAGAGACACAGCACAGGAAAUCUGAGUUCAGUCCUCCCUGCUCCACAUCACCCCCAUGCAAAGGCGUUACGCUCUACUCGAUGGCAUAACUCGUAAACCCGGUGCAUCAUUUGAAACUGUCUAAAAGGCUCCCGUUUGGCUCGCAUCCUUUAUGCACAGCACGCUGCUCCAGCCUUUAAAGAGAACACAGGCAUCCGUGUCGGAAAAGCAUGGCUUCCUGCAAUCUAGGAUACUGAGCGAGAUGGAAGCCAAGCAGCAUUCGAUCAAGAGCCUGAAGAGCUAUCCGGAGGCUGGGGGCCGGAGUCUAGCGGCGGCAGCGGACGGGGACGUCGGAGGUGGAGGGUAUCGCGUCGGCGGCGCGGAGAUGGAGAUGGAGGCGAAAAUACAAAAGGCGAUCGACUUCAAGCUGGAGGGUCACCGCUGCUACAAGGAGAAGAAAUUUCGGGAGGCUAUUGGGAAGUAUCACAGGGCGCUGCUGCAGUUAAAAGGGACCCAUGUCGUCGAUGGGACCACGGGAUCUGAGGUGAACCUGCUGAACCAAGCCGCGGCCAAGCUGACAGAAGAGCAGCGGCGAGCCGUGGAGAGCACCGAGAUCGAAUGCUACGACAGCCUGACAGCAUGCUUGCUGCAGUCGGAACUGGUGAAUUAUGAGCGAGUUAAGGAAUACUGUUUGAAGGUACUGGGACACCAGCAGGAUCACUUUAAGGCCAUGUAUCGUGCUGGAAUCGCCUUCUACCACCUUGGAGACUACGAGUGUGCCCUGCGUUACCUACGCGAUGCCAAGUGCCGUGAACCCACAGACACAAACGUGCUUCGAUACAUCCAGCUGACGGAGAUGAAGAUAAGUAAGAGCAGUCAGCAGGUGCGUGAGAUUGGGAAAGAGUCAUUGGGUUAACUCCCCCACCACCCCCACUUCACCUCCUGAAGCCAGGCCCUCCCAAUAGAAAGCCUCUCUUUCCGAGUCUCUCCCCUUUUCCACAACGCAGUUCAUCCUAUGGACAACCAGGAUACACAUGCUGUGCCACCCUAUGAAAAGGACUCGAAACAGGCACAACUACAGCACAAAACCUUGCGACUGUCUUUUCUUUCUUUGAGGUAUCUCUGUCCCUUUAAAUCCAAUGUCCCCGGUGCUUUUCAUUUCCCAGGUAUAGAGAAUCAGACUGAUGAACAAACAAACAAGGAAACGCUGUAUAAUAAUUAUAUAAACACAGGGGUUCUGACAUACCAAUUUAAAAUUACAUUAUCAAGUAAGGAUAUCAAAAUGUGCAUAAUGUCUUUUAUAGAAUCAUAAUCUAAUGUAAUGUAGGCUGGUUGAAUUGAGAUAGGGCUCCUGUGUGUCUUGAGUCUAUAGGCAGAAAAAAGAGUGAAAGCACAAGAAUCAAAGCCACACUGCUACUGAAGUGCAGAUGUUAUAGGUCAAUGAUUAGACUAGUGACCAUUGAACUCAAAGUGAGAGCCACUUGUUUCCCAUCCACUCUGCUCAAUAAUGAGAAGGAAGGUCAACGUUUUAGAGCACCAUCUCAAUCUUGCUGGAUGUUGAUCUCAAUUCACACUCGCCUGCAAUGCCUGUUAUUUUCUGAUACCUUUCUCUCUCUCUUGAAUUUGGGCAUAUCUCAACUCAAUUUCUGAAUUGUUUCAAUUCAAGGGCUAAUUCAAGUGUAUGUAAUCUGUCCUUUUAAUAUCGAUUUUGUUUUUGUCCCAGUUCGUUAUACGGUACUAUAGUGGUUUAAACAAGUUGAAAUCUUUCCAUUUGUCAAAGAUACAAAAUCCUCCGUACUGAUGUUAGCAGAUGUUUUGUGAAACUUGUUGUCCAUUUCCCACUGACAAAUGUUGAAACAUUGGUCUGUCUAAUAACCCCUUUUCCCAUAUUCAACCUGAUUAUGUUAUAAUGGUUAUGGAGACUUUUGGGAUAUUAUUAACUAAUGGAGCCAUACUGAAAAUGCUAUGAUGUGGCAAUUGGUAGGGCUGCUAAACCAAAAAGUAUAGUUCAACUCAAAAUGAUAAUUCUGUCAUCAUUUGCUCACCCUCAUGUCAUCAAAAACACAAAUGUCCAAGCUGAAAGUGAUUGGUGACCAUGGCUGUCCUUGACAUCCCAUCCCAGAUGUUUAUGACUUACUUUCUUCUGCUUAACACAAAUGGAGAUAGUUAGGAGAAUAUCUCAGUUCUGUAGGUCCAUACAAUGCAGGUGAAUGGUGUCCAGAACUCCAAAAGCUCCAAAAAAAGAGAAAGUCAGCAUAAACAUAAUCCAUCAGACUCCAUUGUUUUAAUUAAUGUCUUCUAAAGCGAUCCAGUUGGUUUUGGUUGAGAACAGACCAAAAUGUAACUCCUUUUUCACUGUACAUCUUGACAGCAGUCUCUCUUGGUGAGCGCCAUCUAGCGCUCUGCACAUGCAUCAAGCACUAGGACGUGUGAUUGUGUUUGAAAUCAUGAUCGUGCCUAGAGACUGCAAUGACAAGAUGUACAGUGAAAAAGGAGUUGCAUUUUGGUCUGUUCUCAACCAAAACCAACUGGAUCACUUCAGAAAACAUUUAUUAAACCACUGGAGUCAUGUGGUUUACUUUUAUGCUGCCUUUAUGUGCUUUUUGGAGCUUUUGUAAUUCUGGUCACCAUUCUCUUGCAUUGUAUGGAGCUUAAAUAUUAUUCUAAAAGUCUUUGUUUGUGUUCAGCAGAAGAAAGAAGUCAUACAAAUCUGGGAUAGCAGGAGGGUGAGUAAAUUAUAAGAGAAUUUAAAUUUUGAGGUGCAAUUUCUCUUAAUCUUAUGGUUUUUUGAACCUCAAAGUCCAUAUUCCUAGCCUUUUGAUGGAUACAACCUUACUCAACCACAAAAAUCUGUUUAUGUUUUGUCCGUCAAAGGAGUAUCUCCAGUGGAUUCAUUAGAAUGUGCAGAUGCCUUUGACAGCACAUGUCAUUCUGAGUCUAGUUUGGAUUAAUGGCUUUGAGGAGAUGGGGACAGACCGAUGAUAUUAUCCAUCUGAACUAAUAUAAGGCAUAGAUUUAAUUGUGUCAGUGGGACUCUGGGGAUUUUGUGCCAUAGAUUCGCAUAAGAAGACAUCCUGAUGAGAUUCAGAAAGCAGAGUAGUAAGCCAAUGGCAGUUGCCAUACUAUAGCUUUGAAACUGGAGGUUGUGUUGAUAAAAUGCUGUCUUAAAGGUGCACUCAGUAAUUUCUUCACUUUAGUUCCACAUAAUUAAAUAGCAAUUUUGACAGCUGUAAUUAAAAUGAUACUCCCAUGAUAUUAAGACCCCUAUCAUGUCAGUGGCUGACCCCAAAAUCCAACCUCAGAAUCACACUCAUCAUUGUUUAUAAGAACGCAGUUACUUCCUGGUUUUCAUGUCUGGGAGGUUGAUGGAAAAGUGAUGUUAGACGAAAAGGUGAUCGUGUUUAUAUUGAUGCAAAAAUGUCUGAUGGGGGAUGGCGCUUGUAAUAUGGCAGAAUGGGGUCUAUUUCUGGGUACAUGAACAUUUGGAUCCAACAUAUCAGUUUCCUGUGUGAUCAUGUUGUCCAAGCAGAAUGAAUAAUAAAAAAAGCAGCAGUGUGAAGUGGCAGCAGUUAACAAAACCUAAUGCAUCCAUGCCUGUAGGUGUUGGUAUAUAGUCCGAGUACACUUGGGCAAAGAAGAGCCAGUGAAACUUAAAAAAAAAAAAAAACUUACUGAGUGCCCCAUUAAGUGAUCAAAGCAAUUAUUGAUAAUGCAGCACAGAUUGACGAGAAAUCAAGUGCUUUUUUCUGUGCUGUUCUGUCGCUUUCUACCUUUUAGCUCUGUCUCUUGUCUCUUCUGUUUUGUGGCUGCUCUCUCUACACAUUACCUUUGAUAUGUUCUUUUAAUUUCUGUAUAUGGUAAAGGUCAUUUUGUCCAUAACAAAGCAAUGCUGAUAAUGCGGAUAUCCUGUAUGGAAUUUCAGUCAUCACCUUUGCUUCUUUCAGCUGUGGUUCAUAUACUAUCCCGACGUGCUGAAUCGCUUUCUGCACAGAUGGAGAAACAUCAGACGUGACUGUUGUCAGUAAACAACAACAAAAACACAUACUGGUUAUGGACAAGCAAAUAAACUAUAUGUACUUUACUUUUUUUGGAUGUCACUUGAGGUAUGUAUUUGUUGAAUGUCAAAGUAGACUUGUGCGGUUUAAAAAUGGUUGUCAAAAGCUUUACUUGAUUCAGUUGUUUUUAUCAAUAUGUGAGAGAGCAAACGACAAGGAUAAAUAAAAGAGAUUUAUGAAAAAUAUAUUUAACAUUGUAAGGGGCAACUUUGUACCUGUGUAAAUGUUCAGUUUCCCUCUUGUAUCUUGGCUUAUUUGUGAUGUCUUAGGCUUGUUUUUUGUUGGAAUUGCCAGUCCAAGGAUUCAGGGUAUGCCUUUUGACCUCUAGAGAGAAAGGUCAUCUGGUGUGGGUUAUAAAAUGACAGUAGGGGAUUCCCAGAAGAGAGAGUAAAAAAUCCACUGCUUUCUUUUUCCUAUUCCCUUGCCUGUUCUGGAGAGAGAGACAUGGACCCUCUGGUUGCUCCAGUUACUAUAAUGGUAAUGCAUUAAUGCAAUCAUUCAUUGCCUUCUUGGGAAGUGCAUACUUCCACUGAACAUCAGAAGACCUGCGAAAUGGUUACAUUUACCUGCAAGUCCAGGAAUGCACUAUUGAUUGGUAUUUCAAGUCUACAAAUAAAGUUUAAAAAGAGAAACUCAA